CAGAGAGGGGAUGUCUGAUUUUUGAACUUCGAUUGAAUUUUUAAUUAUUUAAAACGUUGUGGCUCUGUCAGGGAUGUCUCAAUGUAAUUGCUAGAAAAUUAGAAAGUUGAUUAUCUCUGCGAGAUCGGAGACAUGCCCCUUUUGAAGGUCAUCAGGUAGUCAUUGUGCAACGAACCAUUUUUUUCUUUUUCUUUUCUUUUUUGCGGCCAAGAAAUCGAAGCUUGUAAACAACUGAAACUUGAUCAGCGCGGAAGCUUAAUUAUUGCCUCGUUCUGCAAAACUCUAAUUCUCCCAAGAAAAAAUAAACGUAGUAUGAUUUCCUUGUUUAUUGAGCUUUCAGGAAGUGUACACUUUUAAUGUACGGUUCUGCUUUCAAAGCCUCCGCACAAACGUUUGUUUCGUGAAACCUUGACAUAACUGACAAAUGUUAUGCUAUCUUCAGCCCGUUUUAUAUGAUUUCCUUUUGCAGCUCAGUGUAGGGCGGAAAAGUAAUUUCUCAGUUUUCAAUUUGUAGAUUUUACACGUCGCUGUGUCUUUGGUUGUGAAUUUAUUUAAGAAACAACCUUAUAUAAGCAACCUGGAUGCAAGCGAUACUUAACAUACUGCAUAUAUUGACUAGGCAUUUUUUUCUUUUGACGCAGCUAAUUCAGUGCUCACAGGAAUAUUGCCCUAACACGAGACGAGAGGGUCAGAUGACAUACAGACUUAAGAAUAACUCGGGGCGACUGUUUCUCCAUCCCUGGGUCGACGGUAAGCGUUAGUUGAUAAUUUAGGGCGUUGAAUAAUGAAGAAUAUCGCAUUGGGCGUUUUGAUCUUCUUCUGUGUGACCCAUGGUUUCACUGCGAGUCAGAAGGCCGCCAAACAAAGACGUCUGCGAAGAGAACAACCAACAGCGCCUCCCAAUACAACUACCGUUUACACCAAGCAUGACGACAUCGCUCAUUUCACGUGCACAACACGUGACGAGGCAACCAUUAUAUGGAAAAGAGAGAGAACGGAACUAGAGAACGCUGACCUGGGAGUAGAGAUACUAUCAAUUCAAAAUGGCGACACUUUGAAAAGCCAUUUAUUUAUUGCUAUCACAGAUGACGAUUUACGAGGAAAAUAUACAUGUACGUCGAGCGACGAACCUGAUGUGACGCUACAAGCUUUUAUUAUUGAAAAUGAUCCCGAUCGUGAGGGAAUGUUGUCGCCUGAAGAAUAUUGGGCCAUCAUUUUGUCCUUGGCUAUAAGCUUAUUUCUUGCGAUUUCCAUAGCGUUUUUCUUAUGGCGUGGAAACCGGAGAAUCAAGAAAGCUCGUAAAGAGGCGAAGGAGCAGAGGACCUCACAUAGAUCCAGGAACAAUCAUGUAGGGGCUGAGGAAAACCUUGCUGUAGAAGAAGAAGUUCUGGAGAUUGGAGGAAACAGUACCUUGAAGAAAGAAACAGAAGAUGAAAACAACGAGAAGAAAACGAACGGAAAUGGAAAUAUGAAGGUCCCCGAGCAGAGGGACAAGUUGGAGUCUCCCUCGGACAUGAAUAAAAAUAUGAAGACUGAGGUUGUCAUCGAGUCUCCGCCUGUAAAUGAGAAAAAGGAUGUGGAAAGCAGCACGCAAUUUUGAAAAUUAAGCGUCACGCGUUAUUACGCGUUACCACGCGUUACAAGCUUUACAAGCGUUAUAUUACAAGUGUUACCACGAGCUGUAGCUUAGCUCCGGUUCGAUUCAGACUCGUUGAAUCACAGGAGCGAAAAAGUUUGCAUGCUUGUACUAGUUACUCUUUCAGACCAUGGUAAAGAUGUUAAGCUUAACGAAAUAAAAGAAAAAAGCAAAACAAAACAAAACAAAACAAAAAGAAAAGAUAUAUGCUUCCCUUCACGAUGGUUAUUCUUUUCUUCAGUUUGUUGAAAUUUCCAAGUAUUCAUUUGAAACAGGGUCAGAACCUGAGCGGGAAAUUCCAUUUAAAGAGAGAAUCUCGGGGACCAGGCUUGCCCCAAGGCAUACAUUCCAUUGUAAAAAUUGAGAGUUUGCAACAGAUUCUUAUGAGACUUAUGAAACUUCGUAUAUUUAUUAAAUUCCCAGUGACACAUUGAUCUAGGGAGGUAGUUUAUGGCUUAAAUGAAA